CCCCGCGGCCACCCCAACCCACUGUUCGCCCGCUGGCUCCGGGAGUGGCGGGACGAGGCGCAGGGGACAUGGGCGAGGGGCACCUAUGAGAGGGCCCUGCGCUCCCUGGCCCGGUUCCCCCUCCCGCUCCGUUCCGGCCGCUCCGCCGCCAUCUUGCAGCACUUUGGCCCCGCCCUCUGCGCCCGCCUCGACCAACGGCUGCGCCAGCACCGGCAGGAGCAGGGGCUCCCCCCCACGCCCCCUCCCCAUGGGCGGGGCCCAGCCUCUCCCUCAGCCCCUCCCAAGCACCGCCCUCGCCCGUCCCGGCCCCUCCCCCGCUCCGCCGGCCACGCCCUGCUGCAGGUCCUGAGCCAGCACCCGGAGCCCCUCCCAGAGGCGGAGCUGCUGCAGCAGGCCCAGCCCCUGUGUGACCACGCCCUGACCCCGGCAGCUCUGGGUCCCCUCCUGCGCCGGGGCCUUGUGCAGAGGAGUGACCGCCCCCCCCGGUGCGACCCCCAGGAGGAGUUCGAGCUCCGGCCCGGCGAGUUCGACAUCGUGCUCUGCGCUGACGUCACCGAGGCCAACGGCCCCGCCGGGGGGGUCCCGGCCCUGCUGCGCUCCCGGGGGGUCCCGGUGCUGCUGCGGCGCCUCCACGUCGGCGACUUCCUGUGGGUGGCGCGGGAGAGAAACCCGCCCCAAGGCCACGCCCCCCGGGAGCUGGCGCUGGACGUGGUGGUGGAGCGGAAAUCGGCGCCGGAUUUGGGGAACAGCCUGAGGGACGGGCGGUACCGCGAGCAGAAGUUCCGGCUGCGUCGCUCGGGGCUGCGCUGUCCCGUGUAUCUGCUGGAGGAGCCGGGGCCGGGGGAGGCGCUGCCGCUGCCCCUGCGCAGCCUGCGCCAGGCGGCCGCCAACACGCAGGUGCAGGACGGAUUCUUCGUGGUGCACACCCGGGACCCCCAGGACUCGGCCGAGUUUUUGGGGGCGCUGGGGGAGCAGCUGAGGAGGAGAUUUGGGGGCCGGGUGCUGAGGGCGUGGGGGGGGGACGUGACCGCCCGGGGCCCCCCCGAGCCCCCCGGGACCCCCCUGACCCUGCUGCCCCUCCCCCGGCUGAGAGAGGGCGGGGGCAAGAACCAGACCCAGACCGUCGGCUCCGUGUUCGCCCGGCAGCUGCUGCAGCUGGGGGGGCUCAGUGGGGGCAGGGCCGGGGCCGUCCUGAGCCUCUUCCCCACCCCCGCCAGCCUCAUGGCCGCCCUGGGACCCUCCCAGGACCCCCAGAAGUGUCGGGAGCUGCUCGGGGCCCUGCGCUGCGGGGCCGCACAGAGGAGCCUCGGCCCCUCCCUGAGCGGGGCCCUGGUGCGGCUCUACGGGACCAGGGGACCCCUGGCCUGAGGGGACACCCCAAUGUCACCUCAAUGUCACCUCAAUGUCACCUCC